AUGCGGGGUGUGGCAGUACUAGUGGUGGUGGUGGUGGUGGCCUGCCUCUUGGGUUACUGCAACGCCUCGGCCACCAGGACAAAGCGCCAGCUGAGUGACUGCAAGGCGCCAAACUGUCCCGAGGCGAAAGGAACCUCGAACUUCAAAAGCAGCGGUGGUCUUGAAUCAGGCAAGCGCGGCUACAGGAAGGGCAAGAGUUCGUCACUGGAUGAAAAGGACAUCACGCCUACCACUAGGAAUGCAGGGAAAGAGGAACGGCCGCCACAGAGACAGUCAAAGAACAAAUGGAACUUCGCUUCUCUGUUCGGUAUCCAUACUACUACCACCACGGAGAACCCAGACACCUGCGGUACUAAAAUUCCUGAAGGGGCGGACGUGAAUCCUAUAAACAACAGUACUUUCAUCACUCGCUUUGGUAUCCCAGGCUUAAACACGACCAGCGCUACCAGGAACACUAAACCAGACCACGAGGAGAUCCCCAUACAGAAAAAAGACAAGAAUAAACCCCAAGGCAGGAAAACAAAAGGGAAAAAGGAAAUACACGAAAAAGACACGAAAGCGGAGGAAAAGAAUGAUAGACAAAAGAAAGAUACGGAACCAGAUAUAAAUGACAGGAGAAAGAAAGCGGUUGAAGACGAUGAUAUUAUGAUCAGUGAAGUGAAGAAUACGACAGUGACUACCGUACAAAUUUUGGAGGGUGUGAAGGAGCUGGGUAGUGUGUGUAAUAUGAGCCAUCCAUCUUGUAAACUCUGCGUGUCCUGUUUUGGAAAGGAAGUGAAGAAUAAUCCAACACUAGCCAAAUUCCUGGAUUUACUUAAGGUUAUUUGCGAAACGACUUGCUGCCACCCACCCAUUUCACCGCCCAUUCCAGGCCAGCCCAUCCCAUUACCUAUUCCAGGCCAACCCCAGCUUCCUUUCGACCCACCUCCCCUCGUCUUCCCACCCAUUCCAGAUCAAUCUCAGCCUCACCCCAUUCCAGGGCAGCCCAUUCCAGGUCAACCAAUCCAGCCAUACAUUCCAGGGCAAGCCAUUCCGGGUCAGCCAUUCCAGCCACGCAUUCCAAGUCAACCCAUUCAACCACCCAUUCCAGGUCCUAUUCCAGACCCUCCCAUUCCAGAUCGAGUCUAUCCAGCCCUCAUCUUUCUGCCACCCAUUCCAAGUGACAACCCUCAGAACCCCAUUCCGAGCCAGAUCUACCUACCACCUAUUCCAGAGAACACUUACCCAUCACCAAAGCCCAUUCCAGAACUUAUUUUCCCUCCAUCCAUUCCAGGCAUCUACCCACAAGGCAUUCCAGGACCUACAAGCCAAUCACCUAUUCCAGAUGGCACCUAUCCAUCACCCAUUCCAGCCAAUACCAUUUCAAAACCCAUUUCAGGCCUUAACGACCCAUCACCCAUUCCAGAUCUCACCUUCCCUCCACCCAUUCCAGAAAUUAGCUACCCACAGCCCAUUCCAGUCUACACCAACCCAUCCUCCACUUCAAACCUCACCCACCCAUCACCCAUUCCAGAUCUUAUCCUCUCACCCAUUCCAAACACUACCUACAUACAGUCCAUUCCAUCCCCAAACUACCCAUCACUAAUUCCAGGCUAUAACUACCCAUACCCCAUUCCAGGAUUAAACUACCCAUCACCCAUUCCAGCCCUUCCUUAUCUACAGCCCAUUCCUGAACUUAUUUCUCCCCCAUCCAUUCCAGACCAUUCCAAGCCUCCACCCAUUCCAGGAAACACUUACCAGCAUCCCAUUCCAGGCCUUACCAACCCACAACCCAUUCCUGAAAUUGUUUUCCCUCUACCGAUUCCAGAAAUUGGCUACCCACAUCCCAUUCCAGGCUACACCUAUCCCAUUCCUACUUCAAAUGUUACCAGCCCACCAUCACCCAUUCCGGAAUUUGUGUUUCCUCCACCUACUUCAGGGAACACCUACCCACAACCCAUUCCUAGCCAACCUUAUUCAUUUCCCAUUCCAAAACUUGUCUUCCCUCCACCCAUUCCAGGCCAAAUCUACCCAUCACCCAUUCCAGACACAACCAGCUCACCACCCAUUCCUGAACAUGCUUUCCCCUCACCCAUUCCAAGCAACACUAUUUCAAAACCCAUUCCAGGUCUUAUCUAUCCCAUUCCUGCUUCAAAUGUUACUAGUCCACCAUCACCCAUUCCUGAACUUGUCUUCCCUCCACCCAUUCCAGGCCAAAACUACCCAUCACCUAUUCCAGUCAUUCCUUACCAGCCCAUUCCAAUUCCAGAUAGUUCCCACCUGCAACCCAUUCCAGAAACAACGUCACUACCCAUUCCAGGAGCAUUCCCAUCACCCAUUCCAGGCAACACUUACCCUAUUCCCAUUCCAGGUCCCAUUCCAGGCUAUACCUAUCCUAUUCCUACUCCAAAUAUUACCAGCAAACCGUCACCCAUUCCCAUUUCUGAUCUUGUCUUCCCUCCACCCAUUCCUGGAGAAAUAUACCCAUUCCCCAUUCCAGAUCCAGGCAUCGAACCCCCCAUUCCAGAUCCUGCCUUUCGUCCCCCCAUUCCUGGAUUAACGUAUCUACCACCCAUUUCGAAUCUCACCACCCCAUUCCCUAUUCCCCAUAAUUACCCGUACCCCAUUCCAGUCCUUCCUUACUCACAACCCAUUCCUCUUCCCAUUCCUGGAUUAAACUACCCACAGCCCAUUCCAGACACAGCCACAACACCACCCAUUCCAGAACUUACUUUCCCCUCACCCAUUCCAGGCCAAACCUACCCAUCUCCCAUUCCAGGCCAAACCUACCCAUCACCCAUUCCAGGCCAAACCUACCCAUCACCCAUUCCAGGGCAGAACUACCCAUUCCCCAUUCCAGGCCAAACCUACCCAUCUCCCAUUCCAGGCCAAACCUACCCAUCACCCAUUCCAGGGCAGAACUACCCAUCCCCCAUUCCAGGGCAGACCUACCCAUCACCCAUUCCAGGCCAAACCUACCCAUCUCCCAUUCCAGGACAGAACUACCCAUCACCCAUUCCAGGCCAGACCUACCCAUCACCCAUUCCAGACACAAGCACCUCACCACACAUUCCAGGAGCAUUCCCUUCACCCAUUCCAAGCAACACAGUCUCAAAGCCCAUUCCAGGCCUUACUGACCCAUACCCCAUUCCAGAAGUCAGCCACCCACAGCCCAUUCCCGGUAACACCUAUCCCAUUCCCACUUCAAAUGUUACCACCCCACCAUCUCCCAUUCCAGAUCUUGUCUUCCCUCCACCCAUUCCAGGCCAAACCUACCCAUUCCCCAUUCCAGGCUUAAAUUACCCAUCUCCCAUUCCAGGCUAUAAAUACCCAUCUCCCAUUCCAGGCCAAACCUACCCAUUCCCUAUUCCAGGCCAAACUUACCCAUCUCCCAUUCCAGGCUUAAACUACCCAUCUCCCAUUCCAGGCUAUAAUUACCCAUCCCUAAUUCAACAGCCCAUUCCAAGUAAUACAAUAUCAAAGCCCAUUCCAGGCAUAAACAACUCCAUUCCCAUUCCAGAUCUUGCUCUCCCCCAACCCAUUCCAGAAAUCAGCUACCCACAGCCCAUUCCAGGCCAUUCCUAUCCAUCUCCCAUUCCAAACAUUACCAGCCCACCAUCACCCAUUCCUGAACUUGUCUUCCCUCCACCUAUUCCAGGGAAAACUUACCCAUCACCCAUUCCAGGCCAAACCUACCCAUUUCCCAUUCCAGGCCAAACCUAUCCAUCACCCAUUCCAGGCCAAACCUACCCAUCACCCAUUCCAGGCCAAACCUACCCAUUUCCCAUUCCAGGCCAAACCUACCCAUCACCCAUUCCAGGCCAAACCUACCCAUCACCCAUUCCAGGCCAAACCUACCCAUCACCCAUUCCAGGCUUAAAUUACCCAUCACCCAUUCCAGGCCAAACCUACCCAUCACCCAUUCCAGGCCAAACCUACCCAUCUCCCAUUCCAGGCCAAACCUACCCAUUACCCAUUCCAGGCCAAACCUACCCAUCACUCAUUCCAGGCCAAACCUACCCAUCACCCAUUCCAGGCCAAACCUACCCAUUUCCCAUUCCAGACCAAACCUACCCAUCACCCAUUCCAGGCCAAACCUACCCAUCACCCAUUCCAGACCAAACCUACCCAUCUCCCAUUCCAGACACAACCACCUCACUACCCAUUCCACAACUGACUUUCCCCUCACCCAUUCCAGAUCUUACCAAACCAUACCCCAUUCCGAACCUUGCCUUUCCCUCAGGUAUUCCAGAGAACACUACCCCACUGCCCAUUCCAGAGAAAACUGCCCCCCUGCCCAUUCCAAGCCACACCAUCUCAAAGCCCAUUCCAGGCCUUGACAACCCGAUUCCCAUUCCAGACCUCACUUUCCCCAGACCUAUUCCAGAAAUCAGCUACCCACAAGCCAUUCCAGACUAUUCCAGUGCAGAUAACACCUACCCAUCACCCAUUCCAGAUUCUAGUAACCCAUCACCCAUUCCAGAUCCAACUAACCCACCUCCCAUUCCAGAUGUUACCUAUCCAGCACCCAUUCCAGCCCUUGUCAGCCCACCACCCAUUCCAGACCUUAUAUUCCAGACACCCAUUCCUGAUCAACCAGUGAACAAACUCAGCCCUAUUCAUCUUUCAUUCCCACCCAUUCCAGGCCAGCUUGUCUUCACUCCCACUCCAGGUCUAUUCCAGCCUUCCAAUUCACCUGUUCAGCCCAUUCCAAAACUUACAUUCCAGCCCAUUCCAGACCAACAGAAUUCCCAGCUCAUUCCAGAACUUCCAUUUCAAUCAAUUCCAGACCAACAGAAUUCCCAGCCUAUUCCAGAACUUGCAUUCCAGCCCAUUCCAGACCAACAGAAUUCCCAGCUCAUUCCAGAACUUCCAUUUCAAUCAAUUCCAGACCAACAGAAUUCCCAGCCCAUUCCAAAACUUACAUUCCAGCCCAUUCCAGACCAACAGAAUUCCCAGCCCAUUCCAGAACUUGCAUUCCAGCCCAUUCCAGAACCUGACUCCCUUCACACUCGUCUGCAAUUCUCUCAUCCUCUUAUUUCAUCCCAGACUGAGGUAGGACCUUUAACUUCCCCUCCUAGCCUGUCUCCCUCUAGUCAGUCCACUGGUGCCCCCUUGCUCAGUGUGCUUAGCCAGUGUGGUAAGAUCAUCCCACAGGGCAGCGAACAGGGCCUUGCUACUAUGAAGAAGCUGGAAAAGUUCCCUUCGUUUGCCAGAAUCCUCAAGAAGCAGCCCCACAUUGGCAGCGUGGCGACGGUGUUGCUCUGUGGCGGGUCCCUCAUCCACCCGUCCCUGGUACUGACCGCUGCCCACUGCAUCGCCACAACACCCAGGACACAUCUGAGGGUGCAGCUCGGCGCGUGGAGUUCCCAGGGGGCGGGCAUGGCGCAGGACAGAGACGUGACAGCAACAGCAAUUCAUGACCAGUACAACAAGAAGACACUCAAGCAUGACAUCGCACUACUGCAGCUCAGCCAGCCUGCCACCCUGACUCCUGACGUGGGGCCUCUCUGUCUGGGGCAUGUCGUCAGCCCUGCCAAGUGUCUCGCCGUUAGCUACGCAGAAGGGGACGGACUAGGGACCAUGGAAAUACCAAUCUGGCAGAGUGGGAACUGCCAGAGUAAGCUUGGGAAGAUAGAAGUGGAGGGCCAGACUUUGUACCACCACUCCUUCAUCUGCACCAGUAGUCUGUUGACCUCCAGCAGGAGCACCACGCCCCACAACACCAUCAUGCCAUCGGACAAGAGCAGCGGGUCCCCGUUGCUCUGCCAGGACCCCAGCGACGGGACGUACUGGCAGGCUGGCGUCAUGGCAUUCGACAUUCCCUUCACCUCAGGCAUCACCGGCGUGUACGUCAACAUCAGCAAGGAGCAGGACUGGAUCAUCGACACGGCCCAGCAGCUCGUCACUCGGCUGUCUGGGUAGUGUGGUGGCUCGCUGGGCCGUGUGGUAGUCAGUAAGGAGCAAGACUCGUUAAUGCAAGUGAAGUACAGCCAUCCCUCGUUAGGCACAGUUUCAGUUUCCCCAGCUUCACUGUUCCAUGGAUUGCUACACAUCACAGAACCACAAAUUCAAAGAGGAGGUAGCAAUGAGAGGCAGCCUACCAGAGUACACUGCAUUUUUUAACCUUUUUGUAGUUAAUUGACAAACUUGUAAGAAUGUACAUGCAGUUUUUCAUCAUUUAAACAAGGCUUUUGGGGGUUCAAGAGUGUUCUUAAUAGGUACACUAAUUUUCCACGGAUUUCCCUUACUCAUGAGUGUGCCUGUUACUUGGCUGCUGUGGGUAACGAGGGAGUGCUGUACUGAACGAUGGAAGUACAUCUGUGUUAGGAGCAGUGAGGAGCCAACACAGCCCAGCAUUUCAUUACUUAUCUGGGAGCUCAUUUGACUCUUAACCAACACACGUCAGUCAGCGCGAGUAGUUACGAGGGUG